AUGAAUCAGUCCCCGAAAUCUGUUGCUGGAAACAUUUUUGGCACUUUUCCCUCCCAAGACCACACUCCUAAUACCAAGACAGCCGUACCAAUGACAACCAAAGUUGAUAAUGACAGAAUUCAUCAUCCGCGGUCCCUCAUUUUCGAAUUGACUGGUCUAGUGGGUGAACUUGCCUGUGUCUUUUUGAAACAUGUUCCUUUGGAUCCUGAGCCCGGCAGCAGCAAGGAAGCGUCGUCAUUGGAAACGCAUUCCAAUGACAAGGAACAAGAUGAUUUUGUCAUUUCCAAACCCACUGCGAACGAAGAAGUAGCUCGGUCCAUGGGAAAGAUUCUCCUCAAGCUCUUUGAGCUAAGCCACUCCUUGUCCAUCAAACUAGGAGGAGCCAUUCGGCGAAAGAUGGCACUCAACAAUAAGAAAUACCCAGCAGAAAUCUGCCGAGGGAAGGCCGGGAAGUAUACAGAGUAUUCCUCCAUCACUGGCAUUAGCAAGGAGGUCGGACAAUCUACGCUCCACGAAAAUGAAGAAGAUUCGGAGCAGGAAACCUUGUCAAGCUUCCUCGAGUCAUUGGAGUCUCUGCGAGAAGACAUCAGCCAAUUUGCGCGUGCGAGGGAAUGGGCACGCUACCAUACCCCUCGGAACUUGGUUCUUGCCCUUCUAGGAGAGCUAGGUGAACUAGCCGAAUUGUUUCAGUGGCGAGGAGAUAGUAGCGGAAUUGAGAGUAUCAGUGCAAAGGACUUGGAUAAGAUUGGGCAGGAAUUGGCGGAUGUCACCAUCUACUUGCUGCGAUUGUCCGAUGUCUGCGGAGUGGAUCUCAAAUGCGAAGUAGAAGAAUCACUAUGA